AUGCACAAGGGCGGGCACAGACACCGCUCCUUCCUCCGCGGCGUGCACUUCGCUCUGAUGGCACUUGGACCCUGGGAAGGCCGUGCUGUCGCUUUCGUUCUCGGUUGCGAGAUCGGUGCGUUGCGCCUCCGCAUAACGCUGGCGUCAUCCGCGUCCACGCUAUCAAUGUGCCUCGCGCUCGGAGAGCCCGACGAAGUCGAUGUGCUUCUGGAGACGCACGCUGAAGUUGUUAUACAGCCGCAGUAA